GUUCAAGUUCCGCGCUAUUGCCCAGCAGCCAUGGCCGGCGCACACCGGAUGGACACGUGGCGCGAGAAGUGGCAGGCCGACAACAUUCGCUUCCACAUGCCGGUCGUCAACCCCAACCUGGAGCAGUGGUACCACAGGGCGGCCAGCGACGACAAGCCCGUCGCCUUCCUGGUGCCCCUCUGCGGCAAGACACUGGACAUGAUGUGGCUGUACAACAAAGGGCAUACCGUGAUAGGAAUCGAGGGCGUCGAGAAGGCCAUUACGGACUUUUUCACCGAAAAUAAUCUGGAGUUCACCAAAACGACGACAGAAGCUGGCAACCUCUUUCAGACUGCCGACGGUCGGAUGCGACUGUACCAGGCGGACCUCUGUGAGCUGAACCCCCAGCUGAUCGGCCCCGUGCAGGCCAUCUGGGACCGCGGAUCCUAUGUGGCCAUCACCCGGGACGACCGGCCGGCGUACUGCCGGUUCAUGCGCGGUGUGAUGGCCCCCGGCUGCCGCUGGCUGCUUUGGGCGGUGGAGUACGACACCAGCCGAUACUCGGGGCCGCCGCGCGCGCUCACCGAAACCGACAUCAAACAGGACCUCGACGAGUACGUGAAGCUGGAGUGUCUCGGCCGCCGGCAGAGGACUGUAGACGACUGGGAGCGACUCAAGGCCUGGAACCUGGAGGUGCUUGACGAGGUCAUGUACCUGAUCACGCCCAAAUGAGCGGCGUGACGUCACACCACCCGUUAGUAGAGCCGCGACCAGCGGCCUAGCCGCAGGGAGCGUCGCUGGCUGUGGGAGAUAACGUGCAGCAAACUGUCUCGGAGCAAGAAGUCGUUUUGAUAGCCACCUUCCAAGGCUGUGCUGACGUAAUCACGUGGAUGUGAAGCGUUGAAGUCGCUGAGCCAGUCAUAUUUUCAAGCAGGAACAUACUGGUAUGUUUGUAAGCGGUUGUUUUUUUUUCAUAAAACAAUCCGGCUAGGGAUAUUUGUCACCAAUCUGAUGAAUGCCACCAAGAUUUGUACAAUUAUACAAUUUACCUACUUCAUAGUUGCAGUAGUUGAAUAUGCCGCCUCGUGAUUUGACAUUAUUCGUCAAUGCCUGAACACGGGUAUAAACGUGCGAGAGACAGCUUGGGACCGUUAUCCCGGUGUCAUUGCGAAAUAACUUUGCUUAUUAUUUGGGGCUAGCCUCAAAUAGCUGCAGCUGAGACCAUCUAUGGAAUUUAUUUUUCUUCCUUAACAAAAUCCAGUCUUCUUCAAUUCAAUAACGGAUACCGUUUUCAUAUUGUCAGUGACGAACAGCUAGAUUCGUCUGUCCAACGUUGACCCAGCAGGGUCGAGUCUCGCAAACUAGUGACAGUCCGGUAUGUAUAAAUAUCAAGUGUAAGAAUAAUGGUAGAGGACAGAUGCAAAAUGCGAAAAGCUCAAGAUGCGAAAUCCUCAGGCAUUGAUCCUAAAUCUAAUGCCCUGCAUCACGGUACUGUGUAGGCUGUGUAUGUAGUGCCGUUUUUACUGCCAAACUUCGGGUUAAGUUACGCUAAUGUUCAGGGCCUUUUACAACUGCAGUAAUGGCCAUUUUUACUCGUUGUUGCAUUUAUUAUAAUUGCCGAAAUGAUUGUUGGACCGAAUGACUUGAUGACAAUACAUAUUUUUAUGGGCACGUA